AUGGAGCAAUAUGCUGUCCUAUUGUCUAUUAUUACCUUAAGUUCCUUGAUUAUGGUACAAGCUUCCGAAGAAAAGAAGUUCAGCAUGGAGUUCCACAAAGUAGACUGUAUAAUUUCCAACCCAAGAGUUAUUAAACGAUUUGAAUGUUUCUAUGAAAAAUUGGGACCAAGUCGAUAUUUAAGUGAAGCCGUUUUCAUUUUGAAUCAACAAUUGGACAAAACUAUUGAAUCCCAUAUUAGGAUACAUAUUGGAACUGGUGGAAAAAUAGUAAAAUUCUUAGAUAUGAGAGUUAAUGUGUGUGAUACCCUAAAAGCAGGUAUUUCUGUACCCAUAUUGAGGAAAAUCAUAGCCCUACUUAUGGAAAGUAGCAAUUUUCCUAGAAAAUGCCCUCUGAAGGCGAAUUUCCUCUACAAUAUGUCGAAUUUAAUCGUCGAUGAUUCAUUCUUCCCUAAAUACACACCAUAUCCCAUGGUCUUCAACUAUACCACAGAUAUCUACUCAAAUCAGAAAAAAAUUGCUAUAAUACACAUUGAAGGGGCUCUUGUGGCUAAGAAGAAUAAAUGA